AACAUAAAUAAUGCUGUGAUGUUGGCAACGAAUGCAAUCCCAAUUGGCAAUAAAGUGUAAAAAAUAAUGUCAGUGCGUGCCUUAAAAAAACGUGAUACUCAACUCUUACAGAGCAGCAGCGCACCACGAAUCUUCAAAAAGGCCAGCAGUGCGACAAUAACUUCACCCAAGCGCAUAGCUAAAUCAUCGCCAAAAGGAAAUAAAUUAACGGCACAAACAACUAUCAACCGUCAACGCAACUUGCUAGGACGCGCAACACAUUCUAAUCCCGAACUAUCGCACACUUACAUAUAUUCUGAAUUCCAUAGGGCUAUCGAAGCGAACAACCUGUUGCGCAGUAAAUCUGAGGGCGAUGUCCGCACUUUAGCUUUGGAGAAUAAUAACGCCAGAAUACUAUCAGGUGUAAACGCAAAAUCGGAAGUGUGUUUGCAGAGCAUAACAUCGCACAGCUACGAAACAGCCCAUCCUCAUCCUCAUCCAUCUACAAUGUUGGGAGGCGCCCGAUCACAUCGGGAUCUGACGCAAUCGUCGUACGCGACUGCACAUGGAAGCGAACUGGACCAUGGCAGAGCACCGCGCAGGAUGAGCGAGUGCAGUAUGGGCUAUAGCCAAACGAGUGGCGGAUAUUCACAACGUACCAGCACCAUGUUUGCUAGCCAAAUGACGCUCUCAUCGAGUGCACCGCCUGUGGAUCCGAAUGCAGUAUUGCGGGUGCCGAUUGUUGGCUAUGAAGUAAUGGAAGAACGAGCACGCUUUACGGUCUAUAAGCUGCGUGUGGAGAAUCCGGCUACGAAUGACUGUUGGUUGGUGAUGCGACGCUAUACGGAUUUUGUGCGUCUCAAUACCAAGCUGAAGCAGGCCUUUCCAAACAUUGUUUUACAGUUGCCACGAAAGAAACUGUUUGGUGACAAUUUCAAUGCAGUCUUCUUGGACAACCGUGUUCAGGGACUGCAGAUAUUUGUUAAUUCUAUAAUGGCCAAAGAGGAGCUGCGCAAAUGCAAAUUGGUGCGUGAAUUUUUCUGUUUGGACGAGCCACCUUCGUAUUCUGAGUCUAUGGAGGAGUGUCGCGCUAUAUUCGAGGCACAGGAGGAGACUAUUGCUCAUUUGAAGCUGCAGAUACAGAGUAAAAAUGAUCUCAUAUUAAGUUUGCAGCAAAAGCUUCGCGAAGAAUUGGCAGAAAAGGAACAACUAAAUGGGGCCAUGAAAGCUAUGAAUGUUAAAUGCUCACAGUGCUCUUCAGCCAGCAAUAACAAGACGCUGCAGUGAGGUGGAAAGUAAAUAUUAUUAAAUGUGCAAGUGUGUACAUUAUUAUGCUGAGCAUAACUCUACACACCUGCACUUAACGCCGGAACAUAUCCAAUUGUGCAACUGAAGGACUCAAUCUGUUCGAAUGUCAUACCGACAGUGCUUUAGUAUUCUUACAUAUAAUGGUACUAUAUAGAAGGUGCCCCCAAAGCUAGAAUUUUGAAGUAUAUACAAUUAUUUUGUGUAAGUACAUAUAUACAUGAUAUAUGAAUGUAUAUGGGCAAGAAAUAUCUAUUAUUGAUUAUAUAAAUAAAUCUAAGACAAUGUCACUUAAA